CAGAUGGACGAGUAGUCAAUUUACAAAUUAUAGUCAAAUUCCAAUAAUUAGUAAAGUAAAAUAAUUAAAAAUGAUAAAUUGCAGAGCAGGAGAAUAUUUAUUCAGUUAAUAAUUGAUAUUACCUGGACUAGAAAUAAAUACCUAUGUUAAUGCGCUUGUUAUUUGAGCUUUAACCAAAACAAUAAUGUCCGACUGGAAGCACCUCAUAAAUGAAUGGUUGAGCGAAUACGCGUCAUUACAAGAUAAUGAAAUAAAAAGCUUUGCAGCAGAGCACGAGCAUAACCAUGAAAUAGCAACUGCCAUUUUUAACCUCUUCUACCGUGAAGUCGACACCGAUACCACUAAUGCCAAGGAAAAGGAAAAUGAGGCACAAUAUGAACAGAUGCUAGAAAAUGUCUGCAUACAGCUAUUUAGUUUUUAUAGGUCUAAAGAAGUUGAGUUACAAAGAUUUACUCUUCAGUUUGUACCAACUCUUAUCUAUACAUAUCUCAGCUCAGUGGCUCAGGGUAAUAAGAAGUCUUUGAGAUGUAUUGAAACUCUGCUGAUUGGUUUAUACAAUUUUGAAGUGGUAGAUGAAGCAGGAAAACCUAGAGUAGUAUCAUUUAGACUGCCAUCCUUAGCCCAAGCAUCAAUUUAUCAUGAGCCCCUCACACUAGGCGCCCAAUUUCUGACAGAAAGUGCUUUAAGGAGAUGGGAAGAAUGCAACACGAAACUUGUGACCUGGGGUCCUCUUCCACAAGUAGAUGUCAUCAAUGCACAGAAUCGACCCAAAGUGAUGGCUGCGCUUUACUUCAUCUAUAACCGGCACUUGAGUUUAUUGCCCAAAUUAGCAUUGAGACAUUUCUGUAUUGCAGCCUCCAGAAUAGUUACUCAGGGUUUCCAUAAAAGAUUGGGCACUGCAUCAACUUCAACUAAAAAUACACCAAGAAUUCCAGUUUCAAACAACCUUUUGUUGGAGAUGGUACAAGGAGCAUACUUUGCAAUGUUCAACGAGUUCUAUACAUUAGCUUUUCAAGCUGUUAAGGACAUUGAUCAAAGGGCUCAAUAUGAGCUGUUUCCUGAUGUCAUGUUGGUUACAAGUGCUGUCAUGAACUCCUUAAAGAAUAAUCCAUCAGGACAACCAUGUGAUGGCCCGAUGGGCAUCAGUGUGGCUCUCUCGCCGGCCACCACAACGGUUACUAUGUCCAAGUCUAUGAUUACUAAUGCAUCCUUCCGGACAAAGAAACUACCAGAUGACAUUCCCAUACAAGCCGGUCAAGUAGUGGUCACUGAGUCGACCGACAUGCUGACAUCGAUCACUGAGGAGGGCGAGGCGGACUCCGCGCCCAUCCAGCGCGGCGCCGGCAUCCGCAGCUCCAAACAGAAGCUGGGCGGGUUCACCGUGCUCGGCAAAAAGACCAAAGACACUAAAGACAAACCUGCUACCGAAAAGAAAGUAACCCUCAAAGAGACUUCCAAAGGUAUCUGGAAUUCUAUCAGUGGAGGCGGGGACAUGGUUGAAACACAAACGAAAACGAGCUCUGUCGAUAUAACAGAUGCGAAUGGUAGUAUAAAAGAUGACAAAGCCUCCUUAAACUCCGCCCAUAAUAGUACUGAAAAUUCCGACAGUCGGUCGCAAGUCACCACCGACUCUCUGGACAUGGAGACUACUCCUCGUUUCGCCGCCAUGCAAGUUAGUUCUGUGUAAUUUGACUACAUCGGGAUACAAUAUAUGGUAACUGUGGUUAUUUGUAUACUUACUUACUCGUAAAAUGAAUUAAACUGUUUCUGAGAAUAAAUGAAUACGAGCCUUAAACUUGUUGUGCGUGUGUAGAUGUUUGUAGAUCUCUAAAAUGUCUCGGGGUCUCCAGUUACUUAAAUACUUAGUAGAUUAUUAAUGGUGUAUAUGUGUACGUUCUUCAAUAAUAUAUUAUGGUUAUCGGAUUAGACAUUGUGUAGCUAUUGAAACAAAUUCGAAGUUCUAGAAACGUUUAGGGUUAUGGUACUAUAGUAUUUAUUCAUAUAAAACGUUAAAAUGGGUAUGCAGUCUGAGUUCUUUGGGCUAGGGUAAACAGGGAUAAAUAUAUGUGAACACACACCCUUCUAAACCCAUAAGGCAUUUUCAAAGUUCCCAGACUAAAUAUAUGUUUCAUCGUAACUCCCAAUUUCUUUACAAAUAUUUCGAUUGUAUCUCAACAUACCUCUUCAAACGUUAUAUCUAAUGUUAUUGCCUACUGCAAAUUAUAUAGAAAUGUUAUCAAAACAUACAACAAUCUUCAUAUGACAUGUAACAAGCUCUGUUAUUUUGUCCCCUAUGACUAUUAAAAAGACUUCCCAAACGAA